AUGAAGAUAAAACCCAAGUGGCUCAGGGAUUUGGCCUCCUUGGUCUUCACGGUAUACUACUUUAUUGCCGCCGAACAAGCAGAUGAAAAAGUCAGACGUGUCCGCGGAACCCUGACCUUAGAGCAUCUUCGUGUAUCCUGGAACAAAGCAACCACACCAUAUCUAUGGUUUUUAGCAAGCUUAGUCCGACCUAGACUGACUCGACAUGAUCCUCGGGCAAUCCGGAUUCCUCGCCCGAAGAAUUCAAUUCAUACCGAGCCAGUGGAUGCAUGGCUGUACUUUGAUGGGCCUCUCAGCGCUUUGCGAGAACAAAAGUCCCUAGUGUUGGAUGUUCCUGGAGGUGGAUUCGUUGCCAUGAGCCCUCGCAACUCCGAGGAUAAGCUACUUUCCUGGGCAGGACAGCUCAAGGUCCCAAUACUCAGCAUUGAUUACAAAAAGGCUCCGGAAUACGCUUAUCCGUAUGCCCUCCAUGAGUGCUACGACGUCUACCAUACCAUAAUGACCACGAAUGGCCGUUGUGUGGGGUUUAGCGGUUCGACACGUCCUCGGAUCGUGGUUACUGGCGAAAGCGCCGGCGGCAAUCUUGCAGUAGGGAUGACAUUGAUGGUUCUACAAUCUGCCAUGGCGCAAGGCUGGGAAGGUGAUCGUGUCUUACCACGUCCGGAUGGUGUCGUGCUAGCAUAUCCUGCACUGAAUUUAAGGGUGGAAAGCUGGAUGACUGAUGAGCAAAUGUCUCUGAUUCAAGACAAAAACUCCAGUCAAACCAAUCGAAAUAUCUUACAACGAAAGCAAGACCAAUAUCGGAAGCUGACACCCUUCACUUCCCCUGGUCAUUCGGUUGACGACUUGACUGCAGUAUCUCCCAAAAUCAAUACGCAGAAAGACGAGCAGACCAGUAUUGCGUCUGAAGCCUCAAAGGCCCUCCAUGAUAAAUUAACGAAGAGCCAAGCUCUAAACGGGCAUGCCGUGUCUCCGACCGAGAAUCAGAUCCAACCACUAAAAACCAGAAUUGCGGUCUCAUCGAUGAUAUCCUACGUCCAUGACCGAAUUUUGACACCGGAAAUGAUGCGUGCUAUGAUUAUUCUCUACAUUGGCCCUCACCAUCGUCCUGACUUCAACACAGACUUUUAUCUGUCCGCCGUUCUUGCACCGGAUGCACUUCUCUCUCAAUUUCCGAAGACCUAUAUCUUGACAGGGGAGCGUGAUCCACUAGUCGAUGAUACUGUCAUUUUCGCCGGUCGACUGCGACAGGCAAAACUACAUCAUUUUCAAGAGCGUCAAGAUUUAGGACUUGAGAAGUCCAAACGUAAUUUUAAUGAGAAAGACCAUGUUGAAGUCUCUCUUAUCCCUGGGGUCUCCCAUGGAUUUUUACAAAUGGCAGGAUUUUUUCCAGACUCAUGGAAAUAUAUUAACCGUAGUGCACAAUGGAUCGAGAGCCUGUUUGUGAAUAUCAAUGUUCAAGAUCCGGAAUACACUCUUCUCCAGCUCUCACACAGCUUGAAUUUGAAUACUUCUCAGAGGUGGAAAGGCGUCGGGAAGGGCGACGGUAGUGCCAAGGAGGGUAGGCGACACCACCACCGCAGUUUUACGGGCGAGUCUUCUGCAGAUGAAGACAGGCCACUGGAGAUGGGCUUGACUAAAAUGGCACCGCUUUCCAAUGAUGAGCGCAAAUCUUCCAUGUCCGAUCUUUCUCUACGUCGAAGGAAGUCUAGAUCCACCUUUGCGUCUCAAUUAACGGGAUUGACUACUAUCGCUGACGAGAACCGAGACGAAAACGAAUUCCAUGCAAAACUAAAGCAUUUGGACAUGAACAGUGUUAUUCGCGAUUCUUACUUCCCAUAUGAAGCUAACAGCGCCCCCGAUAGUCCUGUUGCUCCUCGACCCCGUGGACGAAGCAUCGCAUCAUUGGACAGCGAAGAAGACAUAUUGGAUCGUCGCAUGAACGGGCUAGCCGGGGGCCUGAUGGGCCUUGGCGAAAGAGCCCAGACGCCUGGGGCAUGA